AUGGCAGACUCCCUGAUUUCUGAUGAGCUGGACCUUAUUUUUAAGGAAGCACCUGAUAACUCAGAAGAGCUUCUCUUGGAGAUCCCGCCCCUUCCCAAACCUGGCAAAAUUGGCCAACGAGGUCAAAUACAUUUGGGAGUGAAGAUGCCAAAUGCAGUCAACUUUUCAUUUAAGAAGUCAGGCCACCAAGGGAAGGAACAGCCCCAACCCCCAGGGCAGCGAGGUGUGCAGCGCAGCGACGGAGGAGGAGCCACCCGGGCAGGUGUGCCUGCAGCCAGCACCGGGACACUGAGAGCCCCACGGAGGACUGAGGGGAUGAUAAUGGAGCCGCUGGAGACCAACGACAGCUGCAGCAAUGUACAUGUUCUCACAGGGUCUCUACUCUCCAUUUCAUGCCUUUCCCAUCGAGUUGUGUGCCAGGUGGUCAGAGGUGCUGAUCUGGCUGACCCUGGCCCUGACAAUGGGACUGGGGAUACCUCCUGGGUAACACGGCUGGAAAGUAACUAUGGAUUCUACAUUGGUCUGGGCUUGGCUGUCUUCUCCAGUUUCCUCAUCGGCAGCAGCAUCAUCCUCAAGAAGAAGGGGCUGCUCCGGCUGGUGGAGAAGGGAGGCACCAGAGCAGGAGAUGGAGGCCAUGGCUACCUGAAGGACUGGCUCUGGUGGGCUGGCUUGUUAACAAUGGGCGGAGGGGAAGCUGCCAACUUUGCGGCCUAUGCCUUUGCUCCUGCAACCAUUGUCACACCUCUGGGGGCCCUCAGCGUGCUCAUAAGUGCCAUCCUGUCUUCGUAUUUGCUGGGAGAGCGGCUCAACCUGCUGGGAAAGCUGGGCUGCAUGCUGAGCCUUGUGGGCAGCACCGUGAUGGUGAUACAUGCACCAGAGGAAGAGGAGGUCACCACUCUGGAUGAAAUGUUGUUUAAGCUGAAAGAGCCAGGUUUUCUUGCUUAUGCUGCAGUCCUUUUGGCUGUUUGCUUCCUCCUCAUCUUGUACCUCGCACCUCGCUACGGCCGGAGCAACAUCCUCAUCUACCUCACCAUCUGCUCUGUUAUCGGGGCCUUCUCCGUGUCCUCGGUCAAGGGCCUGGGUAUUGCCAUCAAGGGCUUCUUUGCUGGCCAGCCUGUGCUGCAGCAUCCACUGACGUGGAUCCUGGUCAUCACGCUGGUAGCAUCCAUCACUACACAAAUUAACUACCUCAAUAAGUCUCUAGACAUUUUUAACACCUCUUUGGUGUUUCCCAUCUACUACGUUCUGUUCACCACCAUCGUCAUCACAACUUCCAUCAUUCUCUUUAAAGAAUGGGUGGCCAUGACUGUAGUGGACAUCAUUGGGACAGUUUGCGGCUUCCUAACCAUCAUUUUGGGAGUGUUUUUACUCCACGCCUUCAAAGACAUGGAUGUCAAUUUAGGGAAUCUGCCACAGGUCCUCCAGAAUGAACAGGAGGCACCGGUCACCCGAGAUGACAAGAACAUCCUGAUAGAAGUGGACAACUCCAGCAUUGCUCCGGAGGAUAAACCCAAAGUAUUCAUGAUCUAUACUUAGCAUGUUACAUUUGAGGGUUUGGAGGUGGGGCAUAAAACUGAUCUGGGUAGGUUGUUGCCAGAAUUCCACAUGCUGUUGAGCAAUUUAAAGAAAGACAAAAAGUUAAAAUCAACAGUGUCUUAUCCAAAGUUUGGCAGAGUUAAGCCAAGUCUUUCACUGGGCUCACACUGGAUCUUUGGCAGCAAG